AUGUUUGGACCUUCCAUGGAUCGCAUCCCAUGCACAUGGCGCCUGCCACCCCGCCUGGUGCCUCACUCCCGCGCGCCGUUGGAGCACCACUCCCCCAGCGGCGGAUGGAGCGCUGAGUCGCGGGUCCAGGCACACCUGGCACGUUUCACGUCCGCGCCUCUGGCACUGGCAGCCACACGUGGCGCGCGUUCUCGGUGGGACAGAGCUCGGAAGCUGUGGAGAUCUGCGGUGUCUUUGGCCGAGCUGGACCAAGAGGACCCAGGGCGCUCGGCUUUGCGUGGCGAAUGGGACACAGGGAGCGGCAGCAGCCUCUUCGACGAGCAGAGCCCCUUCAGCGGGCGAGUGCAGGUCACCGGCUGUGGUGCAUCCAGCGGGGGCAGCUGGCGGCGCUUGCGCUUUAAUGGGCAGACGGAGCAGAGCGUGUUGCUCCUGGAUGCCAAUGGUAUCCCGCGACAUGAAGCAUUGGCCUUUGGCUAUUUGAAGUCCUUAGCAGCCAUGGGCUCGGCCACGCUGCGGUCGUUGGGCGUGCAGAAACCUUGGCGUGUGCUGCUGCUGGGCGUGGGCCUGGGUGCGCUGCCCGGGUGGUUUCGGAAGGCUCAGGCCAAGGUGACGGCCAUCGAUUUGGAUCCCGUGGUGCUGCGUGCGGCACAGGUCGUGGGACAAAUGCCCGGGGCGGUCCAGGGACUUGAAGCGUGCCUUAAGGAUGCCGAAGCUGACACUGAUGCCUUGCGGGUGUAUUGCUGUGAUGGUGUUGAGUUCGUCAAGGCUGCAUCGAACGAAGUCCGCUACGACCUGCUGGUCAUGGACGUCUUCGAUGGACAAGGCGAGACUCCGGAGGCCUUCUUGACCGAGGACUUUGGUCAAGCUUGUGCUUCUGUCGCCACUUGCUGCGUGGUGAACCUUACAUGCCCAGUGCCUAUGUGGGAGGAUGCUCAUCAUUUCAACGCGCCAUCCGCUGGGAAGCUGGCCGAUGCAUUCCAGCUGGGCUUUCAAUCGAAGGCGUGGAGCGUCCGGGUGGCCGAGGGGCAAAACCUCAUCCUUUGCGCCACCCGCUACGGCGCGCCGCCGGAGCUUUACUUGGCCAACGCGGCGGAGGAGUUGGCCUCGGAGGGCCUCUUCGCCUUCGACCCGGUGCGCCGCGUGGGCUUCCGGCGCCAGGAGUGGUGAGCCAAGCGGCGGAAGAGGUCGAAAGUGAGCCGCGCGGCGAGCUUUCGGUGGCGGUUUUCGGGCCGAACGCGGAGAAGAAGGG